AUGGCUCAGCAAUUGAGCAGAGACUCAACGCUUUCAUCAACAUCAUCAACAUCAUCAUCUCCAUCCUCUUCCUCUUCUCUAUCUUCCCGCGAUCUCGCUCCACAACAAUCCCGCACCUCUCAACAUGACUAUCUCUUCCCCCCAGUCUUUAACACAAGCUUCCUACGACCACCCUCUAUCAUAUCAACUGUAUCGUCCUCUUCACAAACCUCCUCUACACACUCUUCAGUAGUAAUGAAUCCAGACCUCUCACUCAAUCUGUCUCUCCCUCUCCUCCUCUCAGCAAAUACAACGGCCCCCCAGCAAAAUACACCCGUAUCAGGACCUGUAACGACUCUCAUGUCUUCACCACAACACCAACAACAGUCUCGCAAAAAUUCGCAUCCAGGAUACCAUCACCAUACAUCUUCCACUUCUUCAAUAUCCUCCUUUUCUUCUGUAGCCUCUGCUGUCUCUGCUUCUUCAAGUUUCAUUAAAAAAAAAUCAAUUUCCGGCGGUGCUGGCGCUCCGGAUAAACAGCAAGUACAACAGCAUACCCAACAAUCACAGACACAGACACAGACACAGACACAGACACAGACACAGCAGCAGCAACAGCAACAGACGCAGACGCAGACGCAGAUGCAGCAACAGCAGCAAACGCAGACACAGCAACAACAACAGUCUUCUCAACAACAGACCCAGCAAUCGAUAUCUCCAGCAGGAAGUAAUCGCAACCUUUCAUCGGCAUUCCAAUCAAAUAGACUUCUCAAAACAAUGACCAAUCUAGUAAAAAAGAGCUCUAAAGACAGUUCAAGCGGGUUUUUUUCUAGCAGUAGUUCAGUUCUUAACAAUAAUAACAAUAACAAUACCAACAAUAACAAUAGUAACAGUAAUAACAAUACUCCAUCUCCCUUUUCCUCCUCUUCAUCUGAUUACUCCUCCAACCACUCACGGUCUCUGCGGUCCCUUGCAUCUUAUUCUUCAGCCCAGUAUGGUGGCUCGAGUGGCGGACCAAACACCAACGGCAGCAGCAGCGGCAAUAACACCGGCGACUAUCCAGACGACGACGACGACAAUCUAACAAGUUUAUCAGUCCAGCCGCAAGCCUUGUUCCCACGAAGGUCUAGUGUUCGUUCUCGUACUCAAUCUUUCUCAAGCGCAGUGGCCGUAACUGCACCUAGUCCCCUAAGUAUUGGCACAGGCCCCGCAUCUGCAUUUUCUUCCGCAUCUUCUUUUUUCUCCGUCCCUGCAGGCCCGGCUUCUCCUAGCUCGACUGCUGCUGCUACUGCAGCUUCUCUCAUGAUGGUCCCUCGACCUUCCCCCACGUCUUCGGUCUUUUCCGCCAAGGACAUUAUGGAAACAGGUCCAGGUCCAGGUUCAGGUCCAGGUCUAGGUUCAGGUCCAGGUCCAGGUUCAGGUCCAGGUCCAAUCCAUAGUCCAGGGCAAGGCCCUUCCACUAGCCCGUUGUCUAGCUCGUUACCAAACUCUCUCACAGGUUCAAUUCCUGGUGCCUUAUCAGGGUCCUUCCCAGGAUCCGUCUCAAUCACCAUGCCCGGUAGCGCACCAGUUACAACAUUGGCAUCUUCCCUUUCUAUAAUACCUCCAUUACCUGCAUUUACUCCCACCACUGAAGAGUUUCGUCUACAACAAGAUUCUGACCAAAAUACACACCCCUACCAUGGCCUCCAGCAUGAUGAAGAUCCCGAUGAAAUUGAGCCUAUAUCUCCACUCCACCAAUCUCGGUCUCUGCAUCCCUCAAUGUCCACCAUCAAAAAGGGCUCAUCUCAGUCGCUUCUUAGCGAUAGUGCUUCUAGCGUCCAUACUACAACAGGUUUAAGCGAUUCCGGCGAGCAGUCCGAAUUCAAUUCGGGCAUGAACUCCAAUUCCAACUUGUUGGAGCAAAAACGAAGCAUUCGCGGACUCAAUCCUUCCCAAUCAACAAGCCCCCUAUUUACCGGGCAUAAAGCAUCUUCAUCACAGCAGCAAAAUCCAAGGCAUUCUUCAGCAACUUUCACACUAGAUCUGGACACCAACAACCAUUCUGGGGGGUGUAAUCCCUCUGUUGGACCCAGCAGUAAUUUUAAGAUGGGGAAAAAUGGGAGCCAGUUUUCAUUAACCACGCCUAAGAUCCCCAUCUCCUCCACCUUCGAUCCAUCAAUUUCCGUGCCCAUAUCGGCACUAACGAUGAGUUCUACGAGCCCAAUGUUACCUAGUCAUUAUGGUUCUCCAGGUAGCAGCAGUAGCAGCAGUGGUAGCGGUGGCAGCGGGAGUGGGUCCAGUAGUGGCGGACGAGCCACUAUCACCGCUGCCCACUCAGAAGGUUCGUCUAGUUCAGGCACCCGCAAGCCUCAUGUCUCUGAUAUUAUUGCUCGUCUAGGUGGGCCUUCCUUCCCGGUGACAUCAUUGACGUCACCAUCAUCUUCUACUUGGUCUUCAUCUUCAUCUUCAUCAUCAUCAUCAUCAUCAUCAUCAUCUUCAUCUUCAUCAUCGUCUUCAUCAUCAUCAUCAUCCUCGUCUUCUUCAUCUUCAUCUUCUUCUUCGCGACCUCUUCCUAGACAGCCUUCUGAUCCAACAUUGUCUUAUCAUAAUAACCAUGAAGACACCCUCACCUCUUCUAACUCCUCUCUACACAACCUCAAGCCUCACGCGUCCACGCCCAACAUGUACACUCGCCCGGAACUAGAACCUAAUAGUGUUGCCUCUGUAAGUCAGUUCCGUGGUAGUGUGCCAUCCAAAAACAAGGCGAUCGGAGCUAGCAAUACACACCAUCAUCAAUUAAGCAGAGUUGAGGGUCUGGGGUUGGAGCUGUUAUCUGGGAAAACUUUAGCAUCGUCAACACCAACGCCACCAGCGGCCGCGGCAACGGUUUCCACUACCCCUCCAGAAGUAACUGUGAGAUCUUCAGUAAAAGACUCCGAUCUAAUUAAAAAUACUGCGACAACGACGGCAGCAGAUCUUACAACUACUGGGUCGGUAACAUCCAUUAAGGACGCCUCAGAGAGCUCGAUGGGUGGACCCACCGAGAAGGCCGAACCUAAAAAAGAUAGGGCUAAUCUAAAUGCAGCUGAAGCGGAGUCGGUAGAGGUUGCCGCUAAUAGUAAUGUCAAAUUGGAGCACAGAGAUACCAGCAUAGAACACAGAUCAACGUGUGACAGCAGUAGCAGUUGCGCAGAUAAAAGCAGCAAUGGCAACAGCAGCAACAGUACCGAUAGCAACAGUGCCGAUAGCAACAGUGCCGAAGGCAGCAGCAGUGCCCGUAGCAGCUUGAAUCCGGAUGAUGCGCUUGGGAAUUCACAUGCAGCAGCAUCAGAAACUAUUGAUAUUACAGCAACAGCUACAGCAACAGUAACAGCAACAGCGACUGCAACAGCAGUGGUAUCUUUACCACCCUUAUCAGCAACACCAACAUCAAAUCCAAAGUCUUCGGAAUCUUUGGCCAAUACGUGCGUCUUGAGCUCAGUCUUGCAUUCCCCCGACGAGCCGGGACCUCAAUUGGCACCCUUUGCGGAGAAUAAAGAAGAAUCUGGUACACAACCAAUGAAGCAGCCUUCAGCCAUUGUAGGACCCAAGCGUUUGGGUCAAUCGACAAACCGUCAGCAGCAACAACAACAACAGCAGCAACAACAACAACAACAGCAGCAACAAAAACUUGAUAUCGACAAGAAAAGCAACGGUGUCUCGAGUCCGUCACAAGACAACACUAGUCAGUCUCCCGAAGGGGUUCCAAAGCCCCUGAGCAGGAAACCUACAGGGCUGAUCGCUGCAGGAGAGUCCAAAACGCCCAGUGCUGUUUCUUCCAGUACGCAUGCAGCAGGCCUGCCAGUUUCUUCCUCAGGAGCCAAGGCAGUCUCUACUUCUACUUCUACUUCUACUUCUACUUCUACCAACACUACCGCCACCACUACAAGCCAAACACAAAUUCCUAGCCGGCGCGGCUCCUCUGCCACCACCACCGCGAUCCGUCUGCAACCUUUGACGCAACAGCUCCAGGCCUCGGCUCCAAAAACUCCGUCAGCACUCCCUAGAAUGGCACACCGCGUCUCAUCAAACCCUCAGAUCAGUGCUGUCAGCCAUCCCCAGCGUCCUGGCACGCCUACAAUCCUAGCACCAUCAUUAGGGCCAUCAUCGUCGGAUUUAUCGCUCAAAAAGAAAAAGAAAAAGAGCCAACUCAACACUACAAUUGCUGCAACUUCAAUAUCUAAUGUCCCCCUAGCGCACUCUGUACAACAACCAUCAUCAACAACAGGAACACAAAACCAUCAUCAUCAUACUGCGCGGUAUGCAGCACCCACAGCAGCAUCUCUUGCAGCCGCCACUGUUCCAGAUCACCAUGAUCACCGCGAACCGCGCUCAAAACUUCGUCCACGGGGACAGACAUCCAAAGACGCGUUGCGAACAACUUCUGCAUCUUCCUGGUCGACAUAUACAUCUUCAACAGGCUUAUCACGUCGCAACAGCACCGGCAUUUUACAAAGUGGUAGGCCUACUGGAAAUACUAAUGCCUCUGAAUCUUUAGGCACUGUUUCUGCUCCAUUUAAUCCGCACAACAUGGACGAGCUCAAGGCCAAGAUCCAAGAACUUGAAGACGUUAUUGAGCACGAGAAGAGUGAACGCGAACGUGCAGCAUCCAAAAUGUCACAGGAGAAACGCGAAAAAGCGCAACUACUGGCCAAAAUUAAAGCAUAUGAAGCAGUUGCAUCCCAAACGUCGCUGCGAUACUCUUUAAGCGGAACCACGGAGGAUAAUGAAGAAGACGAAGAAGACGAAGAAGACGAAGACGAAGAAGAUGAAGAGGAAGAUGAAGAGAACGGCAACUUGCGGAAUUUACCUAAAGAACCCAACCAAAGACCUCCACAAGACGAUAUUGCAAACUAUAGCAACAUUUCGGAAGACAGUCCAAGCAACCGUGCUCCUGGCAGUAGUCCAGAGGAAUCACAUACUGUUACGGAAACAUCCGCAUCUCAACAUAGGGCCUCCACUGUGUCUGGGUACAUGAGCAGCAACAUGAGCCAAAUGUCAGAGGCUAGCUGGAAACACUUGUACUCUGAGGCUGGGCUUCGAAUCGAACAGUUAGAAGCCAAGAACCGGAUGCUGGAACGUGAGAUGCAUUUGCGUAGCAAGGAGAAGGAUAAAACAGAAACAACAACAACUUCUAGCAGUGGAGGGGCCAGCAGCAGUAAUAGCAGCAAGCGGUACUCAAUGCCAGCCACACAUAGCUCCGAUUUAUUUACACGACAGAGCCAGCUUGCAGCAUUCCAAAACGCUGUAACGGAACUUAAACUGAGCAAAGAAGUGUUGCGCACAGAGAAUGGAAGCUUGCUUGCGGAAUUGGGGAAACUACGGGAUAGUAUCACGCUUGUGACGACAAGGUCACAGAAGCUAGAACGGCGGCUUUCAGGGAAACAAACACGGAUGGAUGCGCUUAAUAUGACUCUGGUACAGGCACAAGAUGCGCUGCGCAAGGCGGCGGUAGAGAUUGAGAAGAAAAAUAGACAGCUUGCGGAGCUUUUACAUGAGCUAGAGGGGACGCGGGAAAAAAUGCACAAGGCGGAAACGUACGCAAUUAAAACGGCAGACAAAGUGUACCGGGUUGCGCAGCAGGUAGCUGCUGCAGAUGCUGAGGCAGAACGGUUGACACACGAGAACCAGCGACUUGUUGCACGGUUGGAGACUGAUCAAUGGCAUACGGAGCGGCAGGUGCGAGGGCUAGAGCGUGACGUGCGGCGCAAGAAGCGGCUUGUUACGAAGCUUGAGGAUUCUGUUCAGGAUUUGCAAAUCUCGCUUCAGCUUAAGGCCAUGGAAAACGAGCAUCUUAAGCAACGUAUAAAAAUCAUGGAGGAGGCUCAAGAAUUGGCUGCUCAGUCUGGUACUGGAGCUCUUACUGCUGUUGAUUCUACAAAUGUCCAUAGAACGCCGGCUCCUCCCCGUUCCAGAUCUUCUGCUCUCUCGUCGUCAACAACAGCAGUCCCCACGCCAACCUCUGGCCGUACAUCUUCACACAAGUACACGCGCAGUAGUGGAAGCAUAAGCGGCGGCGGCGGGAACAGCGGCGGGCUGGUGGUUCCGUCAUCUGGUGGUUCGCGGUCCAGCCAUAUGCACCACCGACACAUGCAGUCGAUGGGCAGUGAUAGUACAAUCAUAAAUGUGAGGUUAUCUGAUUCUUAUGACGGCACUAUUAGCAUGGUUCCUCAGAUUCGUGGAAGUGAAGUUGGUGGUCCUGAGGGCCAUGCUUCUUAUCGUGCACAGGACCAUUAUCAUAAAACUUCUGCAUACUUUCUCGAGGCUAUUCCAUCAUCGGCAGCCCCAACACCAUCAGCUUCAGCAGUGUCUUUGUCGACGGUGACUACAACAUCGGCAUCAUCUUUCAUGACGGCCACGGCCCAUGCCCAUUAG